CGACACACAUUGAUACUGACGACAACGUGUCUGUCAUCUCCGCCCCAAUGCCAUUUAACUCCUCUCUCUCUCCUCCCCUAUUUUCCCUCUCAUCCACUCCUUCCCUCCCCCCUCCCAUUCUUCAUGGCCCCUUCCCUCCACGACGACGCCAUUGACGAACGCAUCGCCACCGCCGGCCUACCAGAACAACCUCAAUCUCAAAUGCCGCCGCUCAGCUCCACUAAGGUCACCGUCGUCGGCAGCGGCAAUUGGGGCAGCGUCGCCGCCAAGCUCAUUGCUUCCAACACACUUAAGCUUAGCUCUUUCCACGAUGAAGUGAGAAUGUGGGUGUUUGAGGAGACCCUGCCAACUGGUGAAAAGCUCUCUGAAGCCAUCAACAAAACUAAUGAGAACGUUAAAUAUCUCCCAGGAAUAAAGCUUGGUAGAAAUGUUGUUGCAGAUCCUGAUCUUGAAAAUGCAGUGAGGGAUGCCAGCAUGUUAGUAUUUGUGACUCCCCAUCAGUUCAUGGAGGGCAUUUGUAAAAGACUUGUAGGGAGGAUAAGGAGCGAUGCUGAAGCAAUUUCGCUCAUCAAAGGAAUGGAAGUCAAGAGGGAAGGUCCAUGCAUGAUCUCAUCCCUCAUAUCUGAGCAACUUGGAAUCAAUUGCUGUGUUUUGAUGGGUGCAAACAUUGCAAACGAGAUUGCGUUGGAGAAGUUUAGUGAGGCCACAGUUGGAUACAGAAAAAACAAAGAGACGGCAGUUAAAUGGGUUAAGCUAUUCAACACUUCCUACUUCAUGGUCUCGUGUGUCCAAGAUGUGGAAGGAGUUGAGCUAUGUGGAACACUGAAAAACGUUGUGGCUAUUGCAGCAGGGUUCGUUGACGGGUUGGAGAUGGGGAACAACACCAAGGCUGCAAUAAUGAGGAUCGGUUUGAGAGAGAUGAAGGCCUUCUCAAAGCUGCUCUUCCCUUCCGUCAAGGAUAGUACCUUCUUUGAGAGCUGUGGUGUAGCAGAUCUCAUCACGACGUGCUUGGGGGGGAGGAAUAGGAGAUGUGCCGAGGCUUUCGCUAGGAACGAUGGGAAGAGGUCGUUCGAUGAGCUCGAAGCUGAGAUGCUGCAGGGCCAGAAACUACAGGGCGUGUCGACUGCAAAAGAGGUACACGAGGUUUUAAGCCAUCGGGGAUGGUUAGAGCUUUUCCCUCUCUUCUCGACUGUCCACGAUAUCUGCUCCGGCCGUCUUCCGCCGUCGGCCAUUGUUGUAUACAGUGAGCACACCCCAGAUUUCUCCAUAGUCGGAGGUUCUGCUCUCUGAAUUUUACAUGAACAGAAUCAAUACCACAGUAUUUCUAUGUUUGUCACUCGAAUACAAUGUCAAUGUGUAGGUAUGGGCAUAAGUUGUGCUAGGCUCUUUUUUUAAAUUAUCCCUAAAAGAAAACGAAUAAAAAAAUUAGCAGGUAGUGAAGAAGUGAUGUUGUUCUGCUAUUUGCAGAACGAAUUUAGAGUUGCAUUCUACAAUUACAUGUUUUACUUC